UUUUGGAUUUUGAACUUUUUUCCAUUUUUAUUGUACCACUUGUGCACUCGCUAAUACUAUCUAAAUCAAACCUUCUCUCUCUCUCUCCCUUUGUCUCUCAUUCAUCCUUACCGAGCCUUCCCACCUAAUACCUACUCCCCCCUCGUUCCCUUUGCCCAGUGCAUGGAUAGUUUAAUCAGCCCCUUCUUUCUCUUGUUCCCUUCCUCCUAUCAUUUCCACUCACCUUUUCUCAUCCCCAAUCUUUUUAGUUCCUUCUCUUCCUCCUUCCCUGCUCCUCUCUGACCCUUUCUUUUAUUUUUUUCUUCCUCCCUCUUCUCCCCCCUCAUCAUUCCCUCCCUCCGUUCCCAAUGCAUGGCUCCUACAGACAUUCUCCUUUGAGUCAUCUCUCUCCUCAGUCCCCCCUUGCAUUCUGAUAUCUCCCCCCCCCCAACUCUGACAGACGCACUCCCCACACAGAAGAGGGGAACACAGUGAGCCUCUUAGCUGGCAUGGCGUGUGACUGCCCUUGCGUCAGUAGUGUGCCGUGUUGUACAGGACACUAUGUGCAUUUGCUCUAGUAGAUGUGAUGCUCCUGCAGGGCUGGAGCUCUUUGCAAUGUAACUGUCCCUUUAAAAAAGGAGAAAGCUUCUCACAAUCUACCUCUGGACAAAAGGCGCUGGGAUCUGACUGCUUGACUCCAGUUCAAGAGACAGGGAGACAGAGAGCACAGAAAGAAGGGGAAAGAGGAGACCCUACCACAAAAGAGAGGUCUUAAUGAAAUAGCAAUCCAGGGAACAGUCGUGAUUUCGACAUGCCUUUCCAUGUGGAGGGGCUGGUAGCUAUAAUUGUAUUCUAUCUGGCAAUCCUGUUUGUUGGAAUAUGGGCUGCCUGGAAAACCAAAAAUAGUGGCAGCGAUGGAGAUCGCAGAGAAGCUAUCAUAGUCGGUGGAAGAGAUAUAGGCUUACUAGUUGGUGGAUUUACGAUGACCGCCACCUGGGUUGGAGGAGGCUAUAUCAAUGGGACAGCAGAAGCUGUGUAUGUCCCAGGCUACGGGCUGGCUUGGGCUCAGGCACCCAUUGGCUAUUCCCUUAGUCUGGUUUUAGGUGGUCUAUUUUUUGCAAAACCCAUGCGUUCCAAAGGCUAUGUGACAAUGUUAGACCCAUUUCAACAGCUUUAUGGAAAAAGAAUGGGAGGGCUCCUGUUUAUACCCGCUCUAAUGGGAGAGAUGUUUUGGGCCGCAGCCAUCUUCUCUGCGUUAGGUGCCACCAUAAGUGUGAUCAUUGAUAUUGAUGUCAAUAUUUCAGUGAUUGUUUCUGCCCUGAUUGCAAUUAUGUACACUCUGGUGGGUGGACUAUACUCAGUGGCCUAUACUGAUGUGGUUCAGCUUUUCUGCAUCUUCCUGGGGCUGUGGAUCAGUGUUCCUUUUGCAAUGUCACAUCCUGCAGUUAAAAACAUUGGAUUCACAGCUGGGCAGAAAGAGUCUUGGCUUGGAUCCAUUGAAUCACUUGAUGUCUACUCAUGGCUUGACAAUUUCUUUUUACUGAUGUUGGGAGGAAUCCCAUGGCAAGCAUAUUUUCAGCGAGUUCUUUCUUCUUCAUCUGCCACAUAUGCUCAAGUAUUAUCCUUUCUGGCUGCUUUUGGCUGUCUUGUGAUGGCCCUUCCUGCAAUACUCAUUGGUGCAAUAGGAGCAUCAACAGAUUGGAAUAAGACUAUGUAUGGUUUACCAGACCCCACAGAGAGGCAAGAAGCAGAUAUGAUUUUACCAAUUGUGCUUCAAUAUCUUUGUCCUGUCUAUAUUUCUUUCUUUGGCCUUGGUGCAGUAUCUGCUGCUGUAAUGUCAUCAGCUGACUCUUCAAUCUUAUCAGCGAGUUCUAUGUUUGCUCGAAACAUUUAUCAACUUUCAUUUCGACAAAAUGCUUCAGACAGGGAAAUAAUUUGGGUCAUGCGAAUCACUAUUUUUGUCUUUGGAGCAUCAGCAACAGCAAUGGCACUGCUAGCUAAGUCAGUUUAUGGACUCUGGUAUCUCAGUUCUGAUCUCGUUUACAUCAUCAUCUUCCCACAACUCUUAUGUGUGUUAUUUAUCAAAGGAACCAACACUUAUGGUGCCAUUGCAGGAUAUUUGUUUGGCCUCCUUCUCAGAAUUACUGGAGGAGAACCAUACCUUUACCUUCAGCCCUUGAUCUUCUAUCCUGGUUACUACGCAGAUAAAAAUCAUAUAUACAUCCAACGCUUCCCAUUUAAAACACUUGCUAUGCUCACCUCCUUCUUCACUAAUAUUGCAGUCUCCUACCUAGCAAAAUAUUUAUUUGAAAGUGGUUCUUUGCCACCAAAAUUAGACUUCCUUGAUGCUGUUGUUGCGAGGUACAGUCAAGAAAACAUGGACAAAGCAACUCUUGUAAAAAGUGACAAUAUUAUAUUAAAUGAGCUUGCACCUGUGAAGCCUCGGCACAGUCUGACUCUGAACUCAACUUUCACAAAUAAGGAGGCCUUCAGUGACAUUGAUUCAAGUCCAGAGCUAUCCAGUGCUGAAGAUAACUUAGUGACCAACACAAAAUGAAAUUCUGCUUUCACAUAAAAUGCAGUGCAACAGGGUAUCCCAUGAAGAAUGGUAAGAGGCAUUUUAGCAGAAGAAAAACAGGGACCCGGAAUAAAAUGCCACUGCACAAUUCUUUAAAUCACUUCUAUGAGAGUGGGAGCCUGGGGAAUAAACUGUUGUAUUUUAUUAUCAAACUUGUUACGUUGGGUUAUAGAAUCUCAAACAAAGGAUAAAUUCCGCAUCUCCCCCCAUGCAAACAGGUCUUGAUACUACAGAAUUUAAUAAAUAUAUACAACACAAAAUAUAAGUAACAAAAAACAGUGAAAAUUAUUUAGGUCAGCCAGUAUAUAAAGAUACUUGACAUUUGUAUUCAGUCAUCUGUGAGAUUAUGAUAUGGUCACUCUAAAAUAAUGAGCAGUCAGCAUUAUAUUGGCACUAAUUGAAAAAUGUGUGGUCACUACUGUAAGUGAUUCAUUGCUAAUUAUCAGGUAGCUUGAACAAGAAGUAAUAAUUAACAACCUUUCUUGCUUUUUCUUAUAACAAAUUUUGUAAAAAUACAUCCAGUAUUUUAUUAUUUCUACUAAAGUAAUUAAGUGUGUGAACAACAAUAAGUUCCUUAUAGGAGGGUUAAAUGUAUUAUACUUACAAAAGGUUCAAAAAGAUAUCAGGUUUCAGAGUAGCAGCUCUGUUAGUCUGUAUUCGCAAAAAGAAAAGGAGUACUUGUGGCACCUUAGAGACUAACCAAUUUAGUUGAGCAUAAGCUUUCAUGAGCUACAGCUUAUGCUUAAAUAAAUUUGUUAGUCUCUAAGGUGCCACAAGUCCUCCUUUUCUUUUUAAAAAGAUAUCACUAUUUUAAAGUGGUGUUAUCUUAUGCAAUAUGCAAGAUAAACUUAAACAAAGUAUAUUACAACAGACGCCUUUCCUUUCUAUCUCUGAGUGGCUGUCACCAAUAGAGGAUGAAAAACUUGUUUUUAAAAAACAAAGCAAUAAAUUGAGUUGAAAAUUAAGCUCUGGGUGAAGUAAUGGGAAUUUAUGCUUUGUAGAGGUAAAUGCAGUUUUGCAGUUGUGAGAAAAGAAACAAUUUCUUUGCUCAGUGUACAAAUGAAUAUUGGACAUAAACAGUCUGCUGGUGUGGAAAUGUAACAGUGCACAGUCCAUUAAUAGUAGGGGGAAUCAAGAGGGCUGGAUGGAAGAUGGGGGUGCGGAUUCUGUAGAAAAUUUUGGCUUUUCAUCAAAAACAAAAUGUUUUCAAACAAAAAAAUUUAAUCUAUUUUAUUUUGGGUUUUGCUGUGAAAAGUCUAAAUAUUCUAUGGAAAGUGGACAUGUGGAAAAAUUCACUUUGUUGAAAACCCAAUUUUGUAUUGAAAAACAGUUUUGACAGAAAACUUUUGGGCAGCCGUAAGUGUCAGCCUUCAAGCUAAUCCACACACCCAACAGCUGGCACAGAGAUGCUUGUCAGCCAAAGGGAGUCCUUCUUUGUUAGGAGGGCUGCUAUUGGUCAAUCCCAAUGCCUCUGUGGAACACUAGGAUUGGUCAGCAGGUGGAUCACCACCCAUAAAAGGCAGCACCAGACUGACGUUGGCCUCUUACUGCUCAGCCCCCUGGCACUGAAAACUAAGAACAAAUAAAAUUGCAGCCACUUGACCACAUCUUAGAUGUCUGUGUCUGUUCUCAGUGGUACUGGUCCUUCCCAAUGGGAGGCCUAAUAACUAAAUUGCUCUACAAUGAAGAGUUAUACUCCAGUAAUUCUCCAGUGAUCCUUGUAAAAUUAACAGAUGACAGAAAAGUGUAAAACUGAAAUUCAUAUUUCCUUAUGUUUUGAUUACUGGUGACAGUUUCUUAUUAACAUUCAUGAAACUAUGAAUUAUAGCAGAGAACAGAAAAUGUAAGAAUAUGUUUUGCUGCUAUAGGAAGAAGCCAUCAACUUUUGCAUUCAGUGUUAAUGUAACUUUCACAAGGUUGAUCCUUAAAUUUUUUUGCUCCUUUUGUGGAGUUUUAAUUCUAUAUGUAUAUUAUGUAUGUACAUAAAAUUCAUUUUAGAAAUGUUAAUGUUUUUCCAAAAGUCAUAUUUCAAAAAUAACACUGCAUCUCAGCUCUGAAUGUGCACCUUAUGAACUGCAGUACUAGAUUUAAAAAAAAAAAAAAGUCAAGCUCUAAAGACUGUAGAUCAAAACUAGAUCUCCUUCAAAUGCACACAUGGCCCAAUACACAGUAGAAAUGCCAUGUUUCUACUGUCUGAGUGAGGGAAGAGCAGAUUCAGACCACUUAGGGGGCUCCAAAACCUGCUGCAUACACAGUGGCAUUCUCCAUUGGACCAUAUAGAAAGGGAAGGAGAAGUUGCUGGGGUCUGGCCAGUGGGUCUAUGCACAGCUUAGAACUGCUAGUCCAAAGCCCCCCAUUUGAUGGCACAGUGAACCAUGCCUGUACUUGCAGCCAUAAUGCAGUGCCCUAGUUCCAGGAUGAGUAUGAAGACUCCAUCUGGCAAUGAUUUGUAAAUGAACCAUGCAAAGCCUUGAUACUUUGGCUCUGUAUAGGGGAAGCCAGGAUCUCAUCCUUCAGGCUAAAUACUAACACCUUCCAUGGACUUAGAAGGCCUGAACAUAGCAGAACUACUGAAGAUCUGCUAGUUCAUGGGGACAACCUGCAGUGAAGCUGUACUGAGGGCAGGGCUGAGCAGAGGAUGGAGAUUCCAUUUCACAAACUGGUUUUAUUCCAAAUUGUAAUGAAACCCAGCAACUUCUAAAUUCUCAGCUAAAGGAGAUUACAAAAAAAAAGUUUGUGUUGAUUGAAACAUUUU